UAAAACUCAAACGACAACGCUUCACUUAAACCCUUCUCCUCCUGCAUUCUUCACGCCUCCAGAAACCCCGUCUCUCCCAGGCUUCCCUAUCUCCUUUUCCUUCCAUUUCUUCUCGUUGUGCCCGCAGUGCAACCAUUUCGAAGAUUUGGCUGUUAUAAGCCAAUCAAAGAGGAAAAAAGAAGAAGAUGAAAUCGGUUGUGGGUGUUGUCGUAUCAAAUAAGAUGCAGAAAUCAGUGGUAGUUGCAGUGGACAGGCUGUUUCAUAACAAGCUUUACAACCGCUACGUCAAGCGCACCUCCAAGUUCAUGGCCCACGACGAAAAAAAUCAAUGCAACAUCGGCGACAGGGUUAAAUUGGACCCUUCUAGGCCGUUGAGCAAGCGCAAGCAUUGGAUUGUUGCUGAAAUUCUCAAGAAAGCAAGAAUCUAUACUCCCUCAUCGGUGGAUACUGUUGCAAAUGCAAAUGUCAAGAAUGAAGCACCACUUUCCUCGACCUCUUAAGGGCUUAUUGUAGUUCUCAACAGUGAAAGGAUUUGACCAUUUGGACUCGAGCUUACUUGGAAAUAACUUCAAGUGGGAUUUACAGAGCAAACUUGUUUUCCAGGCUCAAAAUGUCUCUCCAAGAUCUUCUUGUCAUGCCAUCUCUUAGUCUUCUCCUUGUAGAGCUUGACAUUCUCAUGUGCUUGUAAUCUGAAUUUAUCUAAUUUGUUAAGUUGUAGCAAAUGCUUCUCAUCGGCUGCAUGCAAAUCAAAGUUCAAAUUCUUAAUAGCCCAAUAUGACUUAUGCUCGAACUCUGCCAGCAGAUGACAGGCUUUCCCAAAAACUACUUAUAUGGUUACAUUCUGAUAGGAGUUUUGCAGGCUGUCCUGUAAGGUUUAUAAUGCAUCAUCUAACCUUGUAGACCAAUCCUUCUUUAAGGGAUUCACUGACUUCUCCAAUAUCCUUUUAAUUUUCCACUUUUGUAACAACUACUUUGAAGAUCUUCUUGCCAAAUAACCAUCCUUAGACUAGUGGCCAAGUAGAGAUUUUCAAUAGAAAAAUUAAGAGUAAAUUGGAGAAGAUGGUGUAUCAGGAAGGAUUUGUCCAAGGGCUUAGAUGAUGCAUUAUGAGCCUACAGGACAGCCUACAAAGCUCCUAUCGAAAUGUCUAUUUUUGGAAAUGGCAUGGAUGUUGAAAGUAAAUCUAACAAUUCUUGUAUCCAUGUUAUGUCUAUUUCGUGUCAAGCACGCAUAAAAUAUGAAAGUUAUCGUGUCUUAAUUUGUGUCAACAUGCCAAACAUGAAAUAUAUUUUUUUAUUUUACCAAACCCAUAUAUGUUUUUUCU